AUGAUGAAAUUUGGUAGGCUCUCGAUUCUCGCCACUACAUUAUUGCUUAUAGUGGAUAACUUUGGGGUAGAAUACAACCUGUUGUCUGGAACUCUCCCUGUCAAUAAGACGUGUUUCGGUCAUCUUGAACGGGCACAUGAUGGUUCUGUGUUGCAGAGGAUUGCAAUAGCCUAUCUCCUGGCUGCAGUAUGUGAAAUCUGGCUCAAGGGAGACGACGAUGUAGAUUCUGGGUAUGGUUUGCUGAGGAGAUACCGCUACCAAUUGUUUGUAGGAUUGGUCCUCUCUAUAGCGUACUCUAUUCUUCUAUAUGGCAUAUACGUUCCAGACUGGGAGUACCAGAUAGCAGGCCCUGGUUCCAGUUCCACAAAGAAGUCGUUCUUUGUGAAAUGCGGAGUGAGAGGAGACACCAGACCAGCUUGCAACGCAGUCGGAAUGGUCGACCGUACGAUCCUAGGGAUCGACCACCUCUAUAGACGACCAGUUUAUGUGCGCACGAAGGAAUGCAGUAUAGAUUAUCUAGAGAAUGGGCCUCUUCCACCUGAUGCUCCAUCGUGGUGCCAGGCGCCAUUUGAUCCUGAAGGCCUCCUCAGCUUCGUUAUGGCGAUUGUCACUUGCUUGAUCGGGCUCCAGUUUAGACAUGUAAUUAUACAUUUCGAGAAGCACCGGGGAAGAAUCGCCAGUUGGUUGGUCCCUUCCUUCAGCAUGCUAGCUCUAGCCUUCGUAAUGGACUUCGUCGGAAUGCGAAUGAAUAAACCACUAUACACGAUGAGCUACACUCUGGCUGCUGGCGCUGCGGGUCUUCUCUUCCCUGGAAUCUAUGUUCUUGUUGGCCCCUCUUGA